CUUCUGGCAUCAAAAAAGACAGAAACUAAGUUUUUGAAGGUUUAAUUUAGUCAAAAAAAUGCAAACUCGUUUAAUGUAUGCACAAUGAAUGCCGUAGGUAGAGAGAGAUGAUUUGUCACUGUCAAAUGACAGCCUCUACCUCACCCGAUGAUCACAACAACUCAUCAACGCUACAAAGCCACCACACUGCACCUGGUACCUUACGUCAACCAACUACCACCACAAAUGGUACAAUAAAGUGUUGAGAAUAAAUCACACCCCUCCAGCCCAAGUGGUGUCAGCUGACGUCCAACCAUGUUCAUGCCUACAAGAGUGUUUCGUUUUGUGGCCUUCAAGCUCGGCAAUGUCCCACUUAAAAUGCCAGUGUGUACAUCAGGGCUGGCCAAGCAUGAUGGAUGGAGUCAGAGAAGUCAUGUCUCAAGUCACAGAUAUACACAAAAGCAGGAGGUUAAUAAAGAGGAAUUUGGUCUGGAUGAUAUGGAUGCACAGAUUGAGGCAGUGAUCAAAGAAGAGAAGAGAAUGAGGAAAACCUUGAAAUUCCACAAGAUCCAUAGGCAGCUGAGGCCAAGUGGACCCCCCGUCCGUAAACUUACUUGGGAAGCCAUUGAACAGAUCAGGUUUCUAAAACGGGAGUCUCCUGAGGAAUGGACCAUAGAGCGGCUCGCUGAGGGCUUCUCAGUCACUCCAGAUGAAAUUUCCAGAAUACUCCACAGUACAUUCAACCCAAGCCCAGAGCGGAAACUGAAGCAAGAUGCAAAGCUGUUGGCUAAACAACAGCAACCAUCUCUUGCAGAUGGGACAAAGGUUCAGCCCAGGUUACUGCCCAGGAGCAGCACCCCGCUAACACUUCCCUCAGGAACCACAGGAGCCCUGGUGGCUAGUCAAAGCAAAGGAAUGAUGAAAGUGGACAGUAAAAGCUCUACUGAUAUUUCUCUGGGGACCUCACAACGGUCAAGCACCCGGUCAACAGACCAUCUGAAUAGCAUGGUGCCCACACGGCGCAAAGAUAAGACUUUAACCAGUGUAAAGUCAGUGGAGACAGAGGAAGAUGAUGUUGAUGAUGAGGAUUAUUAUGAAGAUGAAGAUGAAGAUGUGGAUUAUUAUGAAGAUGAAGAGGUCUGGGAUGGGGUUGCUUUUUCAGAUGCAGAAUUACAAGACAUUGCAAAAACUAUGGCUGAAAAACAUAUUCCAGUAGUACAGAGGGGGAGAGAAUAUUUUGAUGCAGAUGGUAAUUUUCUGUACCGAGUAUGAAUGUUGUAACAUGUUAUCUGAAACAGAUAACCAAGAAUGGUUUGCAUUUGAAUGUGGUAAUGGUACAUUGUCAAUUUGUGAGCUCGGCAAUAUAAAAC